AUUUUAAUCUCACUUUUUUUGUCUUUGAAAAAGUUUUAUUGUGAAGUGUUUUAGUGUUAUUUUUACAAAGUUUGCAGUAAUACAACUAAAUAAAACACGUUUUACGCUUCCUACUUAUCUGCGUGAGCCAACGAUUGUGAAGAUUAUAGAUUUGAUAGGAAAUUAAGUGAAUUCAAAUUGUAUCGACAGUCACUGAAAUUACUCCUAAUUUCAUGCUGUAAGCAAUGGUUUCGACAAAAUCAUAAAAUCUAGUAUUUAGAAGUAAAUUUGACUUAAAUUGUGCAACAGUAACAUGGAUUCGACGGCGAUGGACGACCAGCAAUUAUAUGAUGGAACGAUGUUGGACAUUGAUCCUAUCCUGGAGGACUUUCCCAUGGAGAUGUACCAAGGAUCUCUGGGAGGCUACGAAGGGACUCGUACCGUCAUGGCACCAGUUGAUGGAAUGUUGCCCAACGAGGAUCAAUGCAUGAUGAGUCCUCAGUACGGCGAUUUCAUAGAUCCGGACAUGUUUCUCAAUGGGGUUGUUAAAAGGGAAAGCGAAUCGGACUGUUCCACUGGAUCGCACAGAAACACUCCGUCGCCUUCGGAUAGUAGCAAGAGCUGCGAUUCAUACCCUUCGAGUGGGUACGGAUCGUGCGGAAGUGCUCAAAUGAACAAUAUUUUGUUUGAUAGCCCUCCUACUUCACCGGAAUACCCGACGAAUCCGCCACAGAUCGUAACUGUACCACAAGUCAGCGGUAUAGUGCGCAUUGGAGCAGCUCAGCUCCCGGAAAUACAGAAGCCAGCUUGUCCAGUUAAUCUAGCGGACCUGAAGAAAGUCAAAAUACCGCCGAAAAACGCAAAAGGGAAUAACGGAACCGUUACCAGAACCAUUACUAAAAAGACGAUUGUUCUUACCGCAAAGGACUAUCAAGCGCUCAUGAAGAACAUGAAGAAUCAACCUAGCAAUGGAACUGUUUUUAUCAGAGCGACUCCUGCAUCGGCAUUCGUGACCGCCGCUGCCAAUAAGGACAAACCUGUUCUCCCGAGGCCCCUCCGGCAAUCUCCAACGACAACUAUACCGUUGUUGCAAUCCGCUCAAAAUAAGCGUCCACCGGAAGAACCGGUAAGAUUCUCCCCAAUCCACUCUCCCGCCAUUCCCACGCAGAUGCCUUCGCUGCUGAUGCCCCCUUCAAUAGAAGGAACGGUUAACGAGCGGGCACUAAAGAAGCACCAGCGGAUGAUCAAGAAUCGAGAAUCGGCAUUUUUGUCCCGGGUGCGGAAGAAAGAGUACGUCACCACGCUGGAGCAGCGCGUCGACGAGCUCGUCAAGGAGAACCGAUACUUGAAGGAGGAAAACGCAAAGCUGGUGGAGAAAAUUAAGCAAAAAUGUUCAUGUGAUGGAAGCAAAUUUAAAUUCGUUAACAUAAAUGGCAUCACCAAGCAACUGACGCCAAAUGUACGAAAAAAUACGGCUAUCGUCUUGGCAAUGUUGUUCAUGGUUUCAUUUAAUUUAGGACCACUCGGGAAUCUAUUAACUGGCCAGGCGGCGAAUCGUGAGUUACUAGAAACCCCAGAUGAAGUGACUCACCAUAAGCGCAAUCUGCUGUGGAUGGAGGAUUCCAACCUCUUGGCCGCGCGGAACGUUGACAUCAGCUUGAAUCUAAGCAACUUUGAUGAUCUUGCGGCGAGAGCCACCGGAGAGGAGCCGUUUUCGAUCUGUCCUUUCUACGUUAAUCAAACCGAAAACAUAAGACUGGCCAGCGAGUUGCGGCGGUGGAUCGGAGAGAACGGGUACAAAAACUUGACCGAUCGGGAUGGGGACGACAUGAGGAUCAAUUCGUUUUCGGAAAUGUUCGCCCUGAAGGAUACGAUCGAUUCCAUGUACCAGCAGAUGAAGGACAUCAGCUCCCAAAUGGAAUCGUUCCAGAGGCGAACGAAGUUGCAGUUGGGAAACAAAGGCAAAAGGAAGAAGGCACGAGCGCUGGACGUUUAUCAGAAGCAAAAACCGAAGAAGGAAAGUGAUCUGGCGUUGUACUACACUGGGUUUGGCAAAAAAUAUGCCAAGUUUUUUGAGGAAAUUGGCCGUCGAGACGACACGUUCUAUUUGGUAUCGUUUAGCGGAGAACACUUGCUGUUGCCGGCUUUGGCGUAUAACAAAACUAAUCGACCCAAAAUGUCGCUCAUGCUACCGGCUAUGGUGGAUAAUGCGACCCAUCCAUCGGACAAGGUAACACUGAUGCAAAUCGACUGCGAAGUGAUGAACACAUCGAUGAUCCAAAUCCGGGAGAAAACCAUUCCAGGUGAUUUGCUACGUCCGCACGGAAAACCAGACGAAACCACAAACGGCUCCAAUGGCGAAAACACCAAGAAGCCGUCGAUGAAAAGUGCAACCGAAUUCGCUGACAAUAAUGUCCACAAUAUAAGCAGCUCAAAUCCGACGAGGGACAGCCGAAGGCCGGUGGUUCACUAUAAGCAUCCUUCGGCUAGACCGUUCUUUGUCCAACGCAUGAGCGAACAUUUGAAAAGUGACUACGAUCUACAUUAGAUUUAGGAAAAGGUUCCAUCUGUUAUAUCGUUCAAUUUUUUUCUGUUAACAUUUUGUACCUUGAUUUUCUGGUAUUUAUAUAAAUUAUUUAAGUUGAAAAAUAUUUAGACAUAUUUAUAAAUUGUAACAAUUGUGCAAUGUACUGCAAUUCUAAAUCACCUUUGCUGAAUUAUGAUCCGUACGUUUAUAUAUUUUCGCUGAGAGUUGAAAUUGGCUGUAAUAUUAGUGUUUAAUCAUACAUGAACAAUGUUAGAAUAGUCAAACAAAUGCAUUUGGAAAUAAUCUUUACAAAAAAGAAAACUACAUACAAUAAAUCUUACACAAUUAAAUCAACAAAAUACCACAA